UUCAUUGGACGAUAAAUCCUCCGCAAACAAAUUAUUGCAGUAGAAUUUCUUGUUUCUGAUUGGUCAUAUGAUCAUCGCAGGCGGCGGUCAUAGACAAAUGAGAUAAACAUGUGAUUCUAAAUUCAAGAUGGCUGAACACUUUCCUAUAGAAUAUCGUCGAAGCAUCAUCCUGUUUCGGUGAACAGGUGAGGCAAAGGUAAUUUUAUCGUGACCAACCUAAUAACUGGCAACAUUGUAAUGAAGUUUCCUAAGUGAUGCUGAUAACAGCUGUCCACAAACUGCUGCAGACUGUGACAUCAACAAUGCGACGCACACUGGCCUGCGAUUAAAGUCGCCAACGCUCUGCAAUUGCUGCGAUUAUUGUCUACCAUUGUAUGGCAAGGGAGACCACUGCAGUCUCGGUGGACCAGGUACUGGCACGACGAUAGGAAGAUGUGGACACGGGCUUACAUGUGAUCCUGAGACGUCCAAGUGCAUUAGAAUGAAAUCUAAAUGCCACGAUGCUCAGGAUGUUUUUGACGCUCGUGCAAGUCGAGGUGAAGUUGGCGCAUUGGAGCGAAGACCAUACUGUGAUGCAAAAGGAAGAUUUGUAGCAUUCGAUUGUGUGCCCACACAAACAUGUUUCUGUCAGUCUGAAGAAGGAGAACGUUUAUUUGGCGAAGUGCUGUACACUGGACCUCUACAGAACAUGCCAUGUGGAUGUUCCCGUUUCAACGAACAAAUACGCAAGUUGAUAUCGACUAAAGUACCAUUUCCUGUGCCCGGACCGAGAUGUACUGCAGAUGGAAACUUCAACCCUGUGCAAUGUAUAGAUAGAAUCUGUUAUUGCGUGAACAGAAUCAACGGAGAGAUUUCUGGCGGGGAAACGAUAAAUUUGGAUACAGAACCUAUAUCAAAAUUACCUUGUUAUGAUCCAAACUUCGAUCUAUUUCCUGAAAUAUUUUGGGCAGAACCUCCUUACAACUACACAACGCCGUGCUACAACAGCGUGCAAGAUAAAGCAAAGAUCAUAGAGCAGGGUGAAAGAGACGGCUUUAUUAUGGACUACUUUAAUACUUUUGAUGACAUGGAUUGUCUACCAGAUGGCACCACUGGCAGGAUCGGUAGAACUCGUAAUGGAAGUAAAAUCUGCAUCGACCAACGACAAAACCGCAUCGGUGACUAUGAGGCUCAUAUGAAUACGCCAGAGUAUGAAAAUAUGGAUUGUAAAUGUGCCCUAACGACAGAACUGAUGACUGCACUCAGUGAGAAACCAGUGUGUUGUGCAAACGGCAACUUCAGAACAAUACAAUGCUACCGGGGCUUUUGUAGGUGUGUUGAUUCCGACGGAAGGCAGAUUGGUAGAGAAGAAAGAGAAGUUAAUAGGCUGCAGUGUUUUACUAGCAACUGGCAACAAUGUUGAUAUUAAAAAGUAUUUUGAGAUUA